AUGCCGUUGCUAGAGGAAGUAGAUCCGGAGGCGGGAGAUUCGGCAGAGGGUGCGGAGGGCCUCAAGGCUGCUCACCGCCGCAGGAGAGCGUCCAAGAAAAAGAAGAGGGCAGAUGGAGCGGCUGCUGCCGGUGUAGCCGCCUUCAGGGUUUUUUUCGAGGCGGCGGUGGUGCUGGGCUUCGGGUUCUGGGCGAGGUCGAAAGGGACUGACUCUAGGUCUAACUCUUGCAAGAUGACGUUCUCGCGGCCUGAGUACGUUCACCUCCCCGUUGCCGGAUAUCCCACCGGGGAAGCCGCGGGGGAAGAGGUGCCCGGAUACCAGUACCGCCUGAUGCGGUACAUGGAUAGGGCGCUUCCUGCUAGCGAAAAGGCCGACCCUCUUAAGCCGGCGGGGGUCCCCGUCCUGUUCGUGCCGGGGCAUCUUGGCAGCUACGAGCAGGCACGUUCCCUGGGCUCCCAAGCAGCGGGGAUAAAACUGUCGGGCCCGAUGCGUCGACUAGACGUUUUUUCGCUGGACUUCCUGGAGGAGUGCACUGCCUUGCACGGGUCUUUGGUUUGGAGACAUGCGGAGUUUUUGAACCACGCUGUGGAGGCCAUCCUUGCCUUGUACACCGGCAAAGGCGGAGUGCCGUUCGCGGAUUCAGUGAUGGUCGUUGGCCAUUCUUUAGGAGGGGUUGUGACCAGGGCUGCCUUCGCGCUCCCGUCAUACCGACUAGGCUCUAUAACCGACAUCCUUACGCUGGGGUCACCUCACGACCGGCCUCCAUGGGGAAUGGACUACUCCUACCUCAGCCUGUACAAGUGCACGGAUUCGCUCUGGCGGUGGCACUCCUCCCCUUCCGAUUCUCGGUCUUCCCACUGCUGGUCGGGCAGCAACGGCCCGGCAUUCGAGAUUUCCCAGUCGGCCGCAGCUGACGAGGAUUCUCAUCAAGAAGCGUGUUUUGCAGCCGGGGAUGAGUCUGAGACUGCGGAAAGAGGCUGCCCCGCUCUGGGAACGGGCGGGCUCGCAGAUGGCAGUGCUUUGGAAACCGCUGCGAGGGGAUCGUUCGCAGGGAGGUCUGGCUGGGGGGGGUCGGCUGGCGUGGACGCGGAGACCUUGCUGGGGGACACGGUGCUGCUGGGCGUGGCGGGGGGGCUGAAGGACUUCAUGGUGCACACCUCGCUGUGUGAGACGGAUGGGUUGGGGUUGGAGGGGCAGAGCGCCAGCUUCACGACGACUGCGAUGGAAGAAUGCGGGUUUGGGGUGGAUCACCUCGCGCUGGUAUGGUGCAAGCAGCUCAUUGGCAGGGUGGUUGCGACUCUCUCCGAGCUUGAAGUGCUUCAUAGGAUGGGGGCAGGAGCCAAGGAGAGAACGCGAGUGGCUGCCGGUGUGCUUGCCUCUUUGCCAAGGUCAUCCGAAGCCACGUCCUCAGCCGAUGGUUUCCCCAGAUCCGUGGGGUUCGAAGAGGCGUACAAGACGGGGGACGAAAUGCUCAUGGUGGCGAGGUCCUUGGUCUCCGACCGCAUGCUGCUGUUCGUCCCUGCGUGGGUGUAUGUGGCGUGUCUUGUGCUUGCUGCGGCGUUGACCAGGGGACUCAGUGCCAAGACCGCAAAGGAAGGCGUGCUUCUUCCCGUCCCUCUCCUCCUCACGCCGGACAAUCACUUCCAGCUAGGCGCCGUACGGUACGCGUGGCGCUCACUGCGGGCCUCAAUACGGGCGAGAGGGAGAAGUGCGAUGGCUGGAUUGUGGUUGUCGUGCGGCGCCCUGCUUGUUUGGAUCUUGGGCGAUGACAUCGCGGCGUAUUUCCCCGGCCCAAUGGAACGCUCGCUAGAUGCCGUCUAUUCUGUCCCAGGGGGGGCUGUUGGGGUGACGGCUUUGCGGUGGCUGAAUGGAUUGGCCAGCAGCUUGAUUCGGGUCCUGAACCCCUUGGACGGCGCCGGAGAUGCUCUUCGCUUGCAUCCAUCCAAGGGCAUGAUAGCUCUCUACACGGCCAACGCGGGAUGGAUGGUGGUGUUCGUGUACUUGGUUACCUUGCUGGGCGUGGUGGGAAAUGGGGCCCGUGGGAUGCUGCCGGUCCCUGCGGCUUUCAGAAGGCUACUGCGGUCUCCGAAGGUUGCCGCAGUCGCCGUGAUCGCUACAGUCGGGGCUGCCCAUGUUGAAACUUUUUCUCUACCGCCGACGUUCCGGGAAGUGACGAUGAAGAACGAGCUGUCCAUCGUGUUCAUGAUGCUGUCGGUCUCCCUGUACGCCCUGCUAGGCAGCCUCGUUCUCUUCCCGUCCCACGCGCCGGCGGCGGCGAACCACCAGCACCUGGUCGUUUUCCUGUUCGCGCCCAUCAACGCGCUGCUGAACGGGCCACAGAUAGCCGCGACGGGGAUCCUGCUGCGUCGCCAGGGGCCGUCCCACGAGCCGUUUGUGGCAUCGUCCGAGCUAGCGUUGGCCUCCCUGGCCCUGCUGCCCAUCAUCGCCAGCGUUUGGCUGGCCCGUCGGGCGCGCCCGUUCCCGUCCCCCCCCGGCAUGCAUGCCUUCUGGGCGGAGUUCCAGUUCCAGUUGGCCGAAGAGGUGGCGAGGGCGAACGGGGGGAGCAUAGCGGGGGGGACCGCAGACGGUAGGCGCAGCAGCGGUGGCAUCGCUGCUCUGGCGGCCGCCGCACUAGAACGCCCGAACGGGCACGGCGCCUGCGGCAAGUGUCUGCACGCCGACGGCGGGGAGGGCGCGGUUUACGUGGAGACUGAUAGAGACAGGGUCCGCGUAGGGCCAGGGGUAAGCCUAGGCCCCGGGUUCAGGGUGGUGGCGUGCGACUGCCCCCAGAGAGAGCCAGCGUCCCCGUCCACUUGGUGCGAGUUCUGCCGCUGCGUCUGUAAGUUUUGCGGCGGGUGCAAGGAGGCGGUGAGGGCCAUCAGGGGGGGUAAGGUGUCGUCGAGAGAGGGGAGUCCCGGUGCCGGGGGGGGAGGAGGAGGGGCAAAGGGUCUGAGCGAUGUAUUGGGGGCGGCUGCGUCGAUGGCCGUGGUGUCUGUUAUGGUCCUGUACGUGGGGCUAUGGGCGUUUGGGAUGAGAAUGAUGGCGGUCCCGUGCCACGGCCUCAUCGCGCUUGCGGUGAUCGGGGCUGUGCUCUGCGGCAUGCAUUGGGGGGUGCAAAAAGAUGCCGCCAGUGGCCGGAGGAAGUAA